GUCAGCAUGGCAACUUCCUUCCAAAAUCCAGAGAGGCAAUCACUCUUCUUUCCAAUGUUGUCAUCCCAACCCUUCCAUUUUCCCUUCUCUUUCCCUUCUUUGCUGUUGUUCAACACUUGAACAACAAUGGAGACCAAGAUCAGAAGGCAAGCAGGAGCUCAAUCAAGCCCGGAGAGACCCAGACCUUGGCCGGAACCACCGCCGUCGAGGAAGCUACAGUCAAAGCACCAGCAGCAGCAACAACCAGUCAGAAGGAUUCCCGUUGUGUAUUAUCUUUCUAAAAACCACCAUCUUGAGCAUCCUCACUUCAUUGAAGUCCCUGUCUCCUCCCCUGAUGGGCUCUACCUCCGAGAUGUGAUCAAUCGACUAGUUGUUCUGAGAGGGAGACGAAUGCCGGGAAUGUAUUCAUGGUCUUGCAAGAGGGGAUAUAAGAAUGGAUUUGUGUGGCAUGAUCUCUCUGAGGAUGAUUUGAUCCUCCCUGUUCAUGGGAAUGAGUAUGUCCUUAAAGGCUCUGAGCUCUUAGAUCGAACUCCUUCGGAUCGAGGUCGUGACACUGGAAGCAAUUUGAAAGUUGAGAAAUGUAAGCAAUCUCAGCAAGAAGUUCAUGGCUUUCCGAGAACAAGAGAACGCUAUUCAUCCUCUUCUCCACCUCCAAUUUCCAUUAAGGAUGUAAGAUCACCAUCAAGGCAAGCAUUAAUUCCAUGUUUGGUUGGUUCAUCAGGGAAUGCGUCUCCAAAGCAAGAGGGAAGUCCACAUCCCUCUUGGGAAACCGGCUCCCCAAGCUUGGCAGAUUACAGGGUUGUCAAGCUAAGUGGAGCUAUAGAUGCUUCAACCCAAACUGAUGACAAUGGAGGAACAAAGCCACGGGAACGUGGACGUCGCCGUGCCACUCGAGCUACUGAUGAAAUCUUGGAACUGGAAUCGGAAGAGAGACACUUUGAAGAAAACCAAAGAUCGAAGGAAUUGUCUGGAGCUGCCAAGAAUGUCUUAUCCCCGCCACCAUUGUCAGCUAGUCCAUUGUCCUCCUAUGGGAAAAUCGACACAUUGGAGUCUCUUAUCAGAGAGGAUGCAAGGAAGAUGAACAGAUUUAGGAUACUUGAGGAGGAAGAAGUCUUUGUCCCCACGAGGGUGAAGAUGAAAGCUACUAAUCUGCUAAUGCAGCUUAUCACUUGUGGGGCUAUAUCUGUGAAAGAUCAUCGCAGUCUGGGUCUCAUUCCGACCUAUAAACCAAGCUACUCUCACAUGAAUGUCUCUCCAUCGAUGUUUGCUAACUCGGUGUUGCUUGGGGAGCAUGACAGUCCAUUGGAGGCUCCAAGUUUCAUGGGAGCAAGAAUGGAGGAGAAGGAAUGCUUCAGUGGGGCGUUGUUAGAGACAAUGAACUAUAAAGAGGGAUUUCGGAAAGGACCGCCUAAUCUACAACAAUCCUCCUACGAUGAAAAUAGGGAUUGUGUGUCGCCAAACCUAGAAGAUGAAGAUAAAGAGGUUGGUUCACAUCGGUCGAAGUGUCUCCCUCGACCGUUCAGAGUUACAGCUGUUAAGCCAUCAUCUAGAAAUGAGGCCCUGUUAUCACCUGCGUCAGAUGUGCCAAAGAACACUUUUGCUGCAUCGAUCUGUAAUCAGUCAAGAUACCUUGGUUCAUCGCAUGGUGGAAGCAAUAGGAUUAGUGAUUCUUCCUCGGCGAGAGGGUCGUCCAUUAGAUUAGAAUCUCUUCGAGAAGAAAAAGGCAAGGUGAUCAAGAUCGAGGAAAGGCUUACCUCAGGAGCGCGAGUUAUAAUCCAAUCUAGAGCCCCACUAAGCGAUAGUGAUGAUAGUGCUGGUUCUUGUUGAGAAGGUGUAACUUCAGGAAUUGGAUUCAAGUCUAACAAACAUUCAGAUUCUUCGCUGCCGAGUGUUGUCUUCAACAAAAGUGAUUAGGUGGUUGCAGAGGCAUUACAUCACAUGGUGUAGGACUAUUGCAUUGAUUCUAUGGAGUAGUUAGUGUUUGGCCUGAGCUUAAUUGAGCUUUCAUGAAGUUUGUGAUCUUGUUUUUGUUGUUAUAUAUUGAUCAUAUAACUGCACAUGACCACAUGAUUGCAUAGUUUUGUUGUUGUGAA